AUAUCAACUGUAUCCCUCGAUAAUCUGAUAAACGAUACAUUUUUCAGUGUGUCGAGAAGAAAAAGUCUCACAACAGACAUCUUUGUCGACAGGCAAAAAGAGAGUGACCUGUCAGCCCCUUUUUUACUUUAUCUUUCUUUCUUGGAUUUUUCUUCUUUUUUGAGAAGAAACUUGCAGUAGGUUUUCAUGAUUGUAAACAAUUUUUUUUCUUUAUUAUUUCAGGCAGGCUAAAUAGUACAUUUUAAUUAAUUAUUGGGGACUAAUAAUUGAGUUGCUGUUUUCCCAGUGCUAUGAGUGAGAAAAAGUAUCAUUGCCCAGUUGAGGGUUGCUCUUUCUCAGAGCAAAAGGGUAAACACUUUAAGCGUAAAAUGUCCAUUGAUCAGCAUUACCUAAAUUGUCACUCUGAAAGAAAGUACCAAUGCUUCAAUUGCGAAAAACGCUACGCUAUUGAUUGGCAAUUAAAAUAUCAUCUUAAAACAUGCGGUCUAAUUUGGAAGUGCCUAACCUGUGACAAAUUUUACAAGGAAAGAUUAUCUUUAAUCACUCACUGUACACGACACUCUCAUGUUUUACCAGAAGAAGCGCGUCGAAGAAAAACGAAAAUAAAAAAGGAAGAUAAAUCGAGUAGCAACAGUAGCAGUGGUAGUAAUAGUAGCAAAGACAAUAAUAUGCAGGUAAUGAUUUUUCCUGUUAUGAUGCCAACAACUCAGGCCAAUAACAUUCAUCAAACAUCGUCAAGCUCAUCUCGUCACCAAUCUACUUCUUCCUCUUCGUCCUCUUCUAACUCAAUGUCUAACUCGUUAUCAUCUCGACAUCAUCACCAAAUUCAACCACCAAAACAUUUACAGCAACCUAAUACUAAUCGAGCUCACCAUCAUCAACCAACCCAUCUGCACAAACCUUCUUUUCAAACUCCAAUAGCUCCACCAGCAGUUGAUCAUCAUUUUAAUCAAAGAAUUAUGGCAGAUCUUUAUCGAACCAUGCAAAUGGAUCCACCACAAAUGAUGGAUCCAAAUAUAGGUUAUAUCAAAGAUACAACAGGACAGUUGGACGUUGAUCACCUGAAACAUGGGUUACACAAUUUUCCACCACCUCGAGCUCAUAUCUGGUGAUUAACCAAAAUUUUGUUUAAAAAAAGAUUCGAAGAAUCUCGAUUCUGAAUCGCCUGAUUUUUACGAGGUUUACCCGGAUUCAAAACAUUUGAUUCAAGGGUCAGAUAUUCAGUUACAGUGAUCUCUCUCAGAGCUUCGAAAGCCAUUUUUAGGUAACAGAAAUCAUUUCUAAUCUAACUCUAUGUAAAAAGCUAAUAUUCACUCAUUUCAUUGCAAGAUUUUGUUGCUGCCAUCUACCAAUUUCGGCUCUCAGAAAGAGGUUUUGCGAAAGAUCACUGUUCAACAUUAAAUAUCAUACGAUCAUUUGAUUAUUUAUUCACAUAAACAUAAACAAUCAACAAUGAUAGAGCAAAUUGUUUCUAAAAAGAAACAAAAUUUGGCAGAUUUGAAAGUAAUCUAUUAGACUUUCUUGUCUGAAUGAACUAUGUUAAUAACCACUCUGUUUUAAGGUAAAACGACAUGUUGAUGCUACAUUCAUUUUAAAGUCAACUUGGUUAGUAUCGAUGUCACUUUAAUACAAUGUACAUGCAACUUCUGAUAUUUGUGCCAUUUGAAGAGAUAGAGCUUGAUCAGAACCUAUCAAUUUUAUUCGAAAAGUUUCCUAUUCAACUUCCAAGCACGCCUGACGCAUCUAUUUGGUCACGAACAUGCUACAGCUUAUAAAAUCGUCCUUCUCUUGGUGAAUUUCUUCCAAAUCAUUUCAAUUUUUGUCAUUUAUCAUCGCCAUAUUUAGUACAAUUUCCUUAGAUAUUUCCCAGGAUUUGAUGCUUUAUAGCUUUAUAGCUUUUCUCCGAUCUUCCAAUUGUUUUAUCUGCGUUCAAUUGAUUUUCUCUUCUCUUCCGAUUUGACUUCAACUAAUUUCUAAUGAGCUUCAACUCGUUAAUCUCCUCUUAACAAAUGCAACCAACGCCUGAAAUAGAAAUUUUACUUGAUCAAAUAAGUACUGAAUUUUAAAUUAUACUAAUCAAUAAAUUGUAAAAAAAUAUGAAAGCUCCAAUAAGUUACUGGAAAUAAAAGUAAUUACUGUAA